AUGACCCCCAGGGAACAGCUGAGGAAGAUGACGGCGCUGGGAGAGCAGGGCGCUUUGGACGAGAAGCACUGGUACCGCCUCGUCAACGGAAUGUCGGCAAACGAGUUAAGGCAGAGACAGGAGAUGAUCAUGAGGAACCAGAUGGCCAUGGCGCCACAGAUUCUCGCACAGGGCCAGCAGAGGUUACAGGGAGUGCCAACACCAUUUGAACCGCGAUUCAUGGAAAGGGAGUUGGUCCCUCCAACUGAGAUGGUAGCUCCUGACGGCAGGCAGAUGCACAUGGGACCUCACUUGGGCCCCCCUCUGGCGCCACAUGCUGGUGUCCUUCCAGGAAGGAGCUUUCCAGGAGCAGCUGGCUAUGGUUUCCUAGCCUCAGAGCCCAUGGAAACAGUUGCCCGACGACAAGAACUAAUUCACAAGCAAAACAUGGCGAGAAUGGAGAUGAAUGCCAUCCUGCAUCAGAAAGAACUGGAGAACGCCCAACAAAAGGGUCUAAUGGCCAUGGAGAACCCUAUGUCCUACCCUUCCAACCCCUUGGCCUUCAGAGGUCGCCAACGCAUGCCCGAUGGCCACGACGUCUUCGUCCACCGCCCCACAUUGGACGACCUCCACUCCAACAGCAUCCUCAUGUCGGCAAGCCCCUACCCCCCCAUCGGCACACUGCACAGAGAGCGAGGCCGGCGGGUGGGCAGGCGUCCCGCGGCCCACAAGAGCGCAGACCAUCCCGCCGGCCACGUCAAGUGCUUGGCAGAGGACAAAAGUGUGGAGAGGAGUCCAGGAGGUGCGUCCGGCGGGGAGGAGAAGGAGUUGGAAGUGAAGUCAGACGUAGGGGAGGAGAGCGCAACCGGCAAGAUGCAUAACCCGGUAAAAGCUGAUUCUGAAGCAAUUGGGGGAGGAAGGAAGAGCUACAAGGAGGGCGAGACGGGCCUCCAUAAAAGUGGCGCUCCGGACCAAUGCGCAGACACCAGCAACAGUGGAAGCAAUGACAAGGACGUUCCUAGCCAGUGCGCCCCCUUCCAAGAGAAGUUCAUGUACCCCUCAGGAGGCAUGCCUUACAUGUUCCCCGUUGCUGGGAAUGGUUUCCUACCACCUGGUCCGCCAAAUCUCUUCCUAAACAGUGAUGAGGUGUCAGAGGACAUUAGGAAGUGGAGUGUCAACGAUGUUUACAACUUUAUCAAUAACAUCCCAACAUGUUCAGAGUAUGCUCAGACGUUCAAAGACCACAUGAUUGAUGGCGAGACGCUGCCCCUACUUUCAGAAGAACAUUUGCUGGACACACUGGGACUGAAGCUGGGGCCUGCUCUGAAGAUUCGCUCACAGGUGUCCAGGCGCAUGGGCGGCAUGCUGUACAUGGUGAACCUUCCGCUCCCCGCUGGCCCACUACAGGCCGCCCCCGACAAACCAGGAGACCAUUCAUCAGAGAUGGGCUCUCCGGUGAACUGCAACAGCGACGAGAUUAUGAUGAUGGCGUCGAGCCCCCGGGAGGCCGUCGAUGCCCUCAAACCCAUUGAGAACCUCUGCGAGCCGGACAACAACUCCUCUCAUUCUAAAGAGUUAUCCGUUGAGCCCAUUUGA